AUGGCGGCUCCCCAGGUUCACCACCUCUUCCACGCUCCCAUCGCAGACCACUCGUUCUCUGCCGACCGUCAGACGUUGGCCAUCGCCCGCGACUCGACCAUUGAGCUCUAUGAAGAAGCCGGCAGCGCCUUUAAGCUUAAGGACGAGCUCAAGGGCCACGACAAGACCGUCACGAGCGUAGAUAUUGCUCCCAACAGCGGCCGCAUUGUAUCCUGCUCUCAAGACCGCAACGCCCUCGUCUGGGAACCCUCUCCGACCGGAUACAAACCUACUCUUGUCCUCCUUCGCAUCAGUCGCGCCGCAACCUUUGUGCGAUGGUCUCCCUCCGAAACCAAGUUCGCGGUCGGCUCGGGCGACCGUGUCAUUGCCGUCUGCUACUUCGAGGAAGAAAACGACUGGUGGGUGUCGAAGCACUUGAAGAAGCCCAUCCGAAGCACCAUUACAUCUGUCGCAUGGCACCCCAACUCCGUUCUUCUCGCUGCCGGAUCGACCGACGCCCACGCUCGUGUUCUGUCCAGCUUCAUCAAGGGAGUCGAUGCCCGCCCGGAGCCUACUGCUUGGGGUGAACGCUUGCCGUUCAAUACCAUCUGCGGAGAAUACCUUAACAACUCUGCCGGCUGGGUGCACUCCGUUUCGUUCUCACCCAGCGGAAACGCUCUGGCCUUUGCUGCCCACGACAGUAGCAUCACCGUCGUGUACCCUAGCGCACCUGAACAGCCUCCCCGUGCCGUUGUCACCAUUACCACCCAGCUCCUUCCCUUCAUGAGCCUUCUCUGGAGCUCGGAGGACGAGAUUAUCGCUGCAGGCUACGAUUGUGAGGCUUUCCGGUUCAAGGGUGGUGAGGACGGCUGGAGCCUGGCAGGCACACUCGAGUCCAAGGGCCGCCCUGGCCUCAGCGACGCCCGUGAGGAGUCUGCCCUGAACAUGUUUAGGCAGAUGGAUCUCAAGGGUAAGGUCAAGGAUGACACUCAGCUCAAGACGGUCCACCAGAACACCAUCUCCACCCUUCGUCCUUAUGAGUCGUCAGGCGGCAACCUCACAAAGUUCUCAUCAAGCGGCGUUGACGGAAGAAUUGUCAUUUGGAGCACUUAG